CAGUAUGUCUUUUAUUACUGUUUUGUUGUUUCUGUUGAGAUUUGUUACGUAUUACGUAAGAGUGGCGCUUGGAUUCAAAGAACCUAGCAAGAGUUUGUGAAGUGGUUGUUUCGAUAAGCGACGAUACAGCAUUAUAGUAUUACGAAUCGUAUUUCUUUAGUAUGACGAAUGAUUUCCGUCAUUCAGAAUCCGGAACUGAGCUUCUUGUUCGGCUUGAAGGUCGAAGUUCUUUAAAAAACCUUGCACCAUUGCUGUUUGCAGAAGAAGGAUUCCCUAUUCAUGGCGAUGUUGUCGAAUUUCAUGGUCCAGAAGGAACAGGCAAAACCGAAAUGCUUUAUGAGCUGGUAGCUCGCUGUAUUUUACCAUUAUCAGUUGGAGGACUAGAAGUAGAAGUAAUUUUUAUUGAUACAGACUAUCACUUUGACAUGCUUCGACUGGUGGCAAUUCUGGAACAUCGUUUAUCUCAAAAUACAGAAGACAUGAUGAAAACCUGCCUUACUAGACUUUUUGUUGUUUACUGCAAUAGUAGUAUUCAGCUGUUCCUCACACUUCAUUCUUUAGAGAACUUAUUCUGCUGUCAUCCUGCUCUUUGCUUGGUAAUAAUAGACAGUAUUUCUGCUUUCUAUUGGAUAGACCGGGGCAACGGCGGUGACAGCUUUAACAAACAAGAGGCUAACCUAAGGAAAUGUGUAGAGUUUAUUGAGAAACUUGUUAAAGAAUAUCAGUUGGUUCUGUUUUCAACCACACAAGAUAUUAUGAGCAGUAAUACAUCUUCAGUGGAACAUCUUUCCUUCUCUUCAAGACAUCAUCCUUUUGAUAUAAACUAUAAACCUUAUCUUUGCAAAACAUGGCAAAAGUCUGUUACUCAUAGGAUUUUCUUUUCUAAACAGGACAUUUGUAAAAGCAACGGACAGACUUAUUGUUUUGUUUCUUUUCAUUUGAGCAACAACACUGCAACUAGGCGUUCUUUUAGUAUUAGAGAUGGAGGAAUCCAUUUCCUUUAAUUUUUGUGUUUGGGCUGUGUUCAAGUCCCGGGGGUUGGAUUUGAAAGGAAAUAACUAAGUGAUUGUAGUUUAUAAUUGACUCAGUUCGUUGCUGUACUUUCUUAGUUGAUAUGUAAGGAAACAGUGCAACUAUCCUUUGCACCUUAUCGUUUCAGUAACAUUCACAUAGUCUUAACAGUGUAGUCAUACAAUGCAAUGCAUAUGUAGUGUACCUUUGAAUUUAUAUAUAAUACAUUCUUAUCUCAAACUGUUUGUCAUCAUUCUACUAUAUUUUGCAAAGGCCCAUUAAUAAAAUUGUCAUUGACUUGGAAACAAA